UUUUUAUCAUUUACAGUCCGACAGUGUUGUUUGCGUCGUGCUAGUGUGUCUCAUUGUGUGUAUUUCAUUCAUGAGUGAUUAUUUUUUGAAGUUUAUUCGAUUGAUUUCAUACUUUAAAUUUUAACUAUAGCUUCUCAUUUAGUAACGUGAAUUUUAUUUAUGUAAUACGUAUUUAAGUGUUUUUAUUUUGUGCGUAUUUAUCUUAUAACGUGUUCUUGCAAGUACGUAUGGGAUAGUUACAAGUAUUUUACACUGCACCCAAGUUGAAUGUUACUAUUUUUGAAAUAUAAAAUAAGAAACUAUGACAAACAUUGUUAUCACACUAGCAGACGCCAAUCUCUAAAAAGCAAUUAAACGGAGACGAGCACAUAGUAAAUUAUGUCUUGUGUGCGAGAGUCCUCGCCACAACCUGAGCUCCCCACCAGCCAAAGACCAGAACUUCCAAAAAGAAAACGUUUUCAUCCACUGAAAGGUUUGCGGCGGAUAUUUCGUCGAAAAGUUCCUGUUGUCAAUGCUGGAGAUGCGCUUAAUUCGGGCGAUGAUAUUAUUGCUGAGCAGCAAUCUAACAACAACUUGGAAUCUUCCAGGAGUCGUUCCACUAGUCAACUGAUUGAUGAGCCGUUCAACAAAAGACGAAGUUUACAUUCGACGUUGUUAAGUGUUAGUCAUGAUAGUGUAUUCAAUCCUGAACAACAUUCCGGUCAGUCCGACUCUGAGUCGGCAGUAUCGGUACCACGAUUAGGGUUUCCACCGCAAGCCAACAUAAUGCAGGCUGAAUUACUAGAAGCAGUAAGAAGGCGGCGAAAACUCCAAGAUGACGAUGACAGUGACGAUGUGGACGAAGAAGACCUGGGACUCCCGCGAAGUCCAUCAAUGCAUUCACCUACUAUAGCCACUGGCAAUGAUCUCCUAUUGAGCAAAGAGUUGAUAAAUAAAUCUUCGCAUAGCACCUGCAGUGAUGGAUCUCUUCUUAGCAUGGGAAGUUCUGAAAUGGACGAAGAUUCAUUUGGUGGUCACAUUUCUCGUAAUUCAUCAAAAGUAUCUUUACAUGAUAAGCGUUUAUCACAAAUUCAUCUGGAUAGUUCAGAUGGAGAUUCUUCAACAAGUGUUCCUCUGAGUCAUAGUGCAGCCAAACAUCGAAUGGCAAUUAGACCGAAAAGAAAACAUGGUAAUCCUCGAACUAAAAAACCAUUAACUGUAGUUACUGCACUUCCAGCUACACCUGAAGUUGAAGAGCACUCUGGACGAUCAGCAUCUCCUGAAACUAAACCUCAGACAGAUAUAGCAGAUGGCACUAUUUGCACUAUACAUGAUCUCGACACUUGUGUUGAUGAAAUAUCUGUCGAAAAUGUUCCAAAACGGGAAGAAGGCUUUUUUCACCGCUUAUUGUCGCGCCGUAGCACCAAGAAAAAGACUAAAUCUGAAGAUGAUGUGGACAAAUUUCUAUUUGAUGAAGCAGUUACUAUUAAACCUAGACAGCGAAAUGAACCUCCACCUGCAAGUCGCAUGCAAAUUUCAUAUCCUCCUGAUCUUCCUCUUGACCGUCCAACCACACCACCUCUGCACAUGCCUUUGGCUGAGGAUAUCCUAGAGCCUGACACAUUCACGCCUAUUAAGAAAUCAUUUAGCCUUCGACAAACUGAUGAUGAGCUCUCUAGUGACUCUGUUCAAAAAUCUUCUUCCUCUGAUAGUGUAUCUAGUGUAUUGGAUGACCAUUCUGAACGUUGUCGUAGUUACAGUUCUAGUGAUUCAGAACCUCGUAUAUUACCUGUACCAGCACCUCGCCUUUCUAAAUUGGGAUCAGAAGUACUUAGAAGAAAAAAACGUGAAGAUGAACCUGAGUUGCUUAAAGUGUUUGCUAGAAGAUCACUAAAAUUAGGUAAAGAUGGAGAACCAGAGUUGUUAAGUAGUGAUAAAGAAAAUGAAUGUAUAAGUUUAAAUGAGGAAACUGAAAAUGAAAGUACUAUUAAAAGUAAAGAGCCUAAAAUUGAUGUUAAUGAAAAUCAAACUGAAAUACCUCGUUUUAAACGAAUUCAACAGCGUAGAGAGGAAUGGGAGAAGAGACUGCAAAACAAUUGAUCAACUCAUUUUAAUUUCUUUUAAAUUUAACUAAUAUAUAUGAAUUAUUUAACAAGCAAAAAGUUUAUUCACAUCUAUGUUAUAUUGCUGCUUUUAGUAGAAUGGUGCUAGAUGAUGGUUAUAAAUAUUUACCUGAGUGGCCUUAAAUGAAAUUGAGUGUGACUAUAGGUGCAAUACUAUUGCGAUUGUUAUAUUUUUUAAAAAGAUAUAUAGAUAUAUACUUUUAUUAGAUUACUACCAGGAAAUAUUAACCGAAAUUUACCAUUUUUUCUAUCUUGAUAUUAUUUUUAUAUAAAGAUAUAUAAUGUAUUAAUUUUAAAAUGAAUGUAUCAUUUAUUAUGAUUAUUUGAAAAAUGAUUUUUCAUAAAAUUACAAUGUUUUUAAAGUUUAUUAUAAUGUUAUAUGUGUGAAAAGUAUUGUAUGUCAUGUAUUGAAAACAAUAAUCGUAAAUAUAACAAUUGUUCAUCUGUGAUUCCAUUUCAACUAAGUUUAAUAAAAUUGUUAAAUUUUAUCUAAUAUUUUUCUAAGUUCCUUUUUCUAUUAUAUGUGACCUUACAAAUUUUUAUUUUUGACAGUAUGAAAUAAAAAUACCAUAUAUAUGUUUUUAACACAUAAAUUGUAAUAAUUGAGCACAACAUAAAAAUUAUAUUAGAAAUGUAAUCAAGUAAUAAAUUUAUGGUUGUGUAUUAAUAUAUAUUUUAUAUUAUUUGUCUAUCUAAUUCCCCAUCAAUAAUUAUUGCCAUCAUCAAUAUUAAUUGUUUGUGAGUGUUAUUCAUACCUAAAAAUGUGAAGACUUUUUACCUUUAAUGGCAAUAUAUUCACCAUUGUUGUUGAUAAAAUAAUUUUGUUAUUUUACCUGUAAUAUUACUUUUCAACUUUCAUGUGAUAAGUUGGUUUAAUAGUGAUAUUUAAAUAAACUAGUUGUUACGUUUUUAAACAAUUUAUCAAAAAUAAUGAAUUAUAAUGUCGUAUCCAAUUGUAUUCUGUAGACCCUAAUCCUACACUGUUGUUGUCACCCAUUUUCUAGUGUAUAUUACUUUUCAUAAUUAUUAUUUUAAUGUAUAAUUUAAAUAAGCGUUUAUUUAUUUUGUUUUGAUGAUGACAACAAAGAUUUAUGUUUUAAAAAUCUAUAUUUUUGUAAUAUUCAAUUUUAAAAAGAAUAAAAAAAAUUACCAACAAUUACAAAUUCCACACUAUAUUCAUUUUAUGUUAGAAAACUUAAUAUAUAAUAAUAUCUACUUUAAAUAAUAUGUAAAAAAACAUAAUAUUUGUAAUUAUAAUAAAUACAUUUGUAAAUACUAUUUUAACUAAAAUACUUUUAUGGUAGUUCAAUUGAUAAUAGUUUCAGUGCGAUGUGGUGGUAUUUCUUCAUUGACUAUUGACUCUAUUGAUUCUACUCGUUCAGACAAAUUUACUUGAGUAUUCAUAGGUUGUUGAUUUCGUUUUCUUUUUAAAAAUAAAAAGUGUUUAAAUAUUCAUUUUAAUAACUAGUUAUAAUGGUAUAAUUUACUUGUCGAUUUGUAUUUUCUUUGUUCUUAUGAAAACUCUAUAGCCAACGCACACCAAACAAAGAAAUAUUGGUCCCAAAAAUAAUAACAUUAUUGGGGCUACUAUAACUAAUGCUCUAGAUGAAUACUCUUGAUUACCUAUAUGUUAAAAACAGUAAAAGUAUCUUCAUUGCGUUAUUAAGAUGUCCAAUUAAUAGCUAUUAGUUCUUAUAGUUUUUUAGUAUAGUAAUUUUUUACUGUUAUAUACAUUUGUAUAUUUAUUUUGUAGUACUAAAGUUUUCAACUAACUUAAAUUGAAGGAUAAAGGUGUUAACAAACAUUUUUGAAAUUUUGCAGGAAUACUACUUUUGUAACUAAAUAUUAAUGAAAAAUUAAUUUAAAUACAUAUUUAUCAAUUUAUUAUUUCGGUAAACACAAUUCGAAAUGCAUUUUGGAAAAGUUUCAGUUAACACCUUUAUUUACUGACCCCUUCAAUUUUAUUAAUUAUAAAUGUUGUUCUAUAGGAGAUAAGUAUUUUUACUUUUUAAUUUUUUUACCAUUUCAUUUGUAUUAAAAAAUAAUAAGUUUUUCGUUGACAACAUUAUUUAAGGAUUUAUUUUUAAAAUGACUUGAACAUAACAUACAUCAUUUUUAAGGAUCGUGUUCUCUUUAACUAUUGUUUUUAAGUAAAAAUUAAUAAAAAAAAAAAGAAAUUUCCAAAAAAUCUUCCAUAACUAAUACAUACUCUCCC